AUGGUGAGAGCAGCACACAGAGAGCAGUCAGAGAUCAUAACAGAAUAUGUAAAUCUACCAGAUGUACCAGCCCGGAGUCGCUUGAGUAAAGCUGGUGAAGAAACUCCUGCUGCAGCGGGAAGGAAACUGUUCAGACUGGUUGCUGUGAGCUUUGGACUCUUGUGUAUCCUGCAAGUCAUUCUCAACAUUUCUCUGCGUUUUGCUCUCUACAAGAAGACAUCAGGUAUUGAGAUUUUCUGCAACAACAUGUCAGAGACAGACGAGCUGAGAAAACUGGCUGAUCACUAUUUUCAACAGGGAUGGAUAUACAUGCGCCCCAGUCUCUACUAUAUUUCUUCUACCAGGAAAACCUGGAAGGACAGUAGAAAGGACUGUCUGCAAAGAGGUGCGGACCUGGUGAUUAUCGACUCCGAAGAAGAACAGGACUUUACAAGGAUGUUUCACAAACUCAUGUGGAUUGGACUGACUGAGGGAGGGAGGAAAGGAGAGUGGCAGUGGGUGGAUGGGACUCCACUGACGACAAGCUACUGGGGCCCCGGGGAACCUAAUGAUUUUGAGGGCAAAACAGAAGACUGUGUAGAAAUAAAGUUCCACGAUAACAAGAACAGCUGGAAUGACAUACCAUGUGAUGACUUAAACUUCUGGAUCUGUGAAAAGAAAGUGACUCUAUAAGUCAGCAUAUAUAAUAUCCUGUAAAGCUGAACAACACUUUAAGGUUAAAUCUGAAUUCACACAAUCAUUUUUAUGCAAAAGAUAAUCUGGAAGGCUGUCUGACAAUCUAUAAUUCUACAGUUUCAUUUAGCAGACACUUUAAUCCUUUAUAGAAACAUUUUAUUUCAGUGAGUAUAAAAAAUAUCUUGUGUGUUAGGGUGGGAAUUUGUGCAUUUGUAGUCAUAAGUGUGCAAAUGUUAGGCUUAAUUUUUUAUACUGUAAACUAAAAAUUACAUGACAGUGCAUCUCAGGUCAAGUUGCAGAGUAACGCAAAAACAAUGUAAAAGGCAAUAUGAUCGAUUACUUUCUACUUGGAGUUAAUUAAAUGAUGAAAAAGAUUGAAAAAAUGAUUGAAAAGUACUGAGAAAUAGGAAUUAUAUUACUGUUUUUUGAGUAGCAACUCCAAAUUAAUUCACCCCACAUGACAUUUUGGGACAAACGUGACUCUCUCUGAUAUACUCAAACAAAUGGUGCACAGAUUUGAAAAUAAAAAAACAAAAAAAUUACAUUUUCAGUCAUUCAAAAGGUGUAUGGAGUGAUCUAUUCAAAAAGCCCAGAUUUAAAUCUCACUAACACAUUGCAUGAGUGUUUGAGAUGAGUAGUAAAUGCAAAUAACCCCUGAAAGACUUUGUAGCGACAGGAAUUUUGCAUUAAAUCGUAACCACAAAUUUCAGUAAGUAGAUGUUAUAGAGUGAUACAAAAUACCCCCAAGACAUUAUAACAGUUAGAGGGACAAUUUUAGCUUCCAACG